AUGGAUAUUGCAGAGAGAUUGAUCAUCACUCAGCCGAUGUACUUCACAGAACCCUGUUCUAAAUGUGGCUAUUGUAAAGGUGAAAAAGAGGAUCAUGAGAACUAUUACUCACUCAAGUCGUUGUACAAUGAUAGUCAUCAUCGUGAAGUAGAGAAUUGUACAGUAGGAUUUCAAUGUGAAAAUAUGACAAUUUCAAUGUAUGAUUCAUUAUGUAAUAUGGGAUAUCGUCGAUCGGGCCAUUUUAUCUAUAAACCUGAUUUGCUACGUAGUUGUUGUAGGUUGUUUACGAUUAGAACGACUCCUGAUCAAGUUAAAUUAACUAAAGAAUACAAGAGUUGUGUUAAAAAAUUUAAGAAUUUUGUUCAGCCAGAAAAAGGGAAAAUAAAGAAGAAAGGUAAUGUGCCAUUUGAUUAUAUUCAGGAAUUGUCUGACAUAGAUGCUGACAAGAGUGAUUUUUACACUAGGUAUGAACCUGCUAUCUAUACAGAAGCAAAAUAUGCAUUGUUUGCAAAAUAUCAAGAAAGUAUACACAAUGACUUCAAACAUAAUAAAAAAUCAUUUGAUCGGUUUCUAUGCGAUUCUCCAUUCCCCGAACAUAUCAAGAUGGGAACUGAGGAAGAAUGGGAACAAUUAAACGAACUAGGUAGUAGAAUGCCAAGUUCAUUCUCGUUGGGUGAACCUUUAAAGAGAUUAGGUCCAGCCCAUGAAUGUUAUUAUUAUAAAAAUCAAUUAAUUGCUAUUGCAGUGACGGAUUUCCUGCCGAGUGGGAUGUCAUCAGUUUACUUCAUUUGGGAUCCUGAUUUCAAAAAAUGGUCCUUAGGAAAAUUAAGUGUUUUAAGAGAAUUAACUUUAUUAAGCAAAACUGAUAAACCAUAUUAUUAUCUAGGUUAUUACGUGGAGGACUGUCAUAAGAUGAAUUAUAAAGCAGCUUAUGGUGGUGAGUUAUUAGAUGUCUGUAAUUCAAACUAUGUGUCCUUAGACUAUUUGAAAACAGAACAUCAUAUUGAUCACGGGCAUUUGUUCACAUUUAGUGAAAAUGAAAAUAUUCAAACUGAAAUGGAACUUGAUGAUAAAUUUAAUAAUGGAUUCCCUAAAUGUGAUAUUUCUUCCACAGGUUUACAUGAUGUUGCAGAAGAAAUAUUCGGGAUGAAUGGAAUUUUGACUCAGAAUGAUUCUCAACAAGCUGAAGUCAUUUCCACUAUACGAAAAUAUGGGGUUGACUAUCAUAACGAGAAUUAUAUUGAAUCUCUAUUCAGAAAGGAAUCUAAGUCCGAUCAUGAUAAUGAGAAAGAUAAUAAUAACGAAUCUUCCACAAAACGACCACCACAGACUUUUACAGCUUUGCCAAAUAUUUUACCGGGACUCAUUCCAAUGACAGAACUACUUUCUAUGCUCGAAACAGACCGUAUGCGUGAAUUGGAUGGUAAGUUGCUAGUUUAUGAUACUGACCUGCAGCAGAUAAGACCUAUUUUUGAUUUUUACAAUGAACCAGAAGAGAUCAAGACUACAGUUUGUAAUGUUAUAAGACUCCUUGGUAUGCGUCUAUCAAAGAGAGCUCUUGUAAUUAUUUAG